UUUCCGCUUGGUUUGGUUAUUUGCUCUGCGCGCCGAUCAGGAAGGGCUUUGCAGUGGUGCUGGGACCAGAAGAGAACGAGUGGCAGAUUAGAGGCUUCAGCGGCUCGUCUUUAUUCUUCACCUUGAUAGCGACAGACGACUAAAGCGACAGCCAUGGCUGCCGCAGCACGACAGCCGCGGAGAUAAUAUCUUGACGCGCGUCGAGUCACACCAUGGCUAGAUUCGCACCAAACGGAUGCCGCAUGCCCCUCUGCGCCAGCACCGCCCCCUCUGGCGCCAGCACCACCCCCUCUGGCGCCAGCACCACCCCCUCUGGCGCCAUCUUAGCGCCGAAUUCUUGUGACGUCAUCUCGUCCCCGUCGGACGUCGUCUGCUCACCUCCUGACGUCAUCCUAUCGCUCCCUGACGACGAAAUAACCGUCGCCCGUUUGUCGCCGGUUCCGGCGGGCGACGAUCUCCCGUCGCACGCGGAGGCCUCUCAAGGCGACGCCAUGCCGCCGAGCGAAGGCCACCCGGCGGCCGCGUCGCCAUCGUGGCAGUCGGACGGCGGCUUUCGCUCUCCCCUUCCGCGUAACUCUCCGCCCCUUUCCCCUCACGCUCCGCCUUCCCCCGCCCCACCUUUCUCCCCGCAUCCGACGGGCGCGCAGCGCGCAGGGUCCGCCGUUUCCGCGCGGACUUAUCCGCGCGUUCGACCUGCGUCGCCCUCCCCGCAAGCAUCGCCCUCCCCCUUCGUUCCGCGCGGCUAUCUUCCGCUCUCCCCCAACGUCCCCGUGCCCUACCUACCGGGGUCCCCAGGAGUAUCAACAGAUAGUUUCGACCAAUGGCGGUUCAUGGGCAGCCCGGAAAAACCAGCAACGGGCAGCCCGAAGAAGUCAGCCACUGGGAAACCAAGCGAUUCUGCCUCGGGCAGUCCGAAACGAUCUCUCUUUGAUGGAUUCAAGAAACCACGUGGAAGCAGCCCCACCCGCGCAACAGCGGGGGUAAAGGGCGAGACUGGGGGAAUAAAUGGCGCAGACUCCUGCAGAGGGGAGGGCGGGGGAGACGGAAGCGAGGAUAGGGUGAGUGAUGAGGUCGGGACUUGGGGAGGGGGGAACGGGGGAGUGACGAACGGGAGAAGAGGCAAGAGAAGACGAGGACACAUGGCCGGGGGGCGCGGAGGAAGGGAGGAUGGGGGAGAGGGGAGAGCUGAAGGGGGGAGGGAAGGGAGUGGGGAAGCGGGAGGGGAGGGUGAAUGUGAAGGGCGAAUACGAGGCGGAGGAGCCGCGGUAGGGGAAGGGAAAGCGGAGGGGGGAGAGGACGGGGGGAUGAGAACGAGAGGCGAAGGGGGAGGGAGAGGAGCAGCGGAGGGGGGAGGGGAAGGCGCUGUGGGAUGGAGCCGAGGGUACCAGGGGGCACCUAUUGUGCUGGCACUGCCUGCUGUGAGCCUGCCACGUGGUAGAAGGGGAUUGGGCCAUGGAGCCAGUGUCACGGUAAACGAGGAGGAGAAACGAGUGGAGCGUGUAAGGGGGCGGGAGAAGAGAGGGAGGGAGUCUGUGAUUGGUCGAUGCGCCAUGGCGGGAGAGGGAAAGGGGGAGGAAGGAGAGGUUGGGAGGAGGGAGAGGGACGAAGAGAGGGGAGGCGUGAGGGAGGAAGGGAGUGGCGCUCUUAGAAGCGCAGCUGGGGGCGGGAGAGGGGGAGGGGGAGGGAGAGGGGGAGGGGGAGGGGGAGGGGGAGGGGGAAGGGGGGAAGCAUCUGAGUCAGAAGGAUGGUGUGCCACGUCAUUAACUUCAUCUGUGUUUUUGGGCGGGGAGGAGGAGGAAGGAAGACACAAACCAGGAGAGACACCAGAGGUUGGCAGCAGGGGGCGGGAUGAAGGGGGGGCUCACAGCAGGGAGGGUUGUGGUGGCGGUGCUAGGGAAGGGAAGGACGGGCAGCGAGAGUUGGGAGGGAGGAGAGGAGAGAAGAAAGAUACAGAGGGUGCGAGAGUUGCUAGCGGUGGCAGGAUUAGGAGGAGGGGUGGGAGGAUGGGGGGCGGAGGCAGCAGGGCAGAGGGGGGAGGCGCAGAUGAGAGCAAUGCGAGGGUUGGAGAGUCAGAAGCGUUUAGAGACCAGGCCUUAGGGUCAGGCUCGGCCGGGCCAGAGCAAGCAGGCUCAGCAACAGCAACAGCAACAGCAACAGCAGCAGGGCAGGAGCAUGGUGGUGAUGACAUGGUGGCAGAAGGGCAGCGGGGCGCGGUGCCGUCAGCACAAGCAGGCCGAGCGACUCAUGGUGUGGCGCCAGCCAGUGGUGCUUGGGUGCCGCCUGUGUCUCCCUUCGGCCUCAUUCAGGAGCGCCUAUAUCAGGACCCAUGGAAGCUGCUGGUUGCAUGCAUGCUGCUCAACAAGACAGCUGGCAGGCAGCUGCACCGAGUCAUUUGGGACCUCUUCCGCCUCAUCCCCUCGCCUGAAGCAGCCAUCGCCGCACCAACGGCUGAGAUCGCCAAUGCCAUUCGCUCGCUGGGGCUCCAGAACAAGCGCGCUGCCAUGAUCCAACGGUUCUCAAAGGAGUUCCUUGCGGGUGGAUGGACGGACGUGAUGCAGCUGCACGGCAUUGGGAAGUACGCAGCAGACGCACACGCGAUAUUCUGUGAGGGCAGGUGGAGGGAGGUGAGGCCCAGCGACCACGUGCUCAACAAGUACUGGCACUGGCUCAAGCAGACGGACGGGCUUGGAUUGGCGUUCACUGAGACUUGAGAGCUGAGGUGUUGCUUGGGAUGCACUGCUAGUUAUGACGUGCAUCAAACAAGACGACGACAUGCUCAACAGGUCAAGCGGACGUCUGGGCUCGGAUUGGCAUUCACUGAGACUUGAAAUUCGUUUGGUGCACACUGCUCUGACCAUGGCACCCUUGUGGUUCUUCUGCUCACUGUAGCCCUCCCUUUCCAGGCUGCUUAUUCCCUCUGUCUUCUCCCAUUCAUGCCACUUGCGCUUUCAUUUGUUUGUUUGGUCGGUUGUGUCUACUGUGUGCCAGCAAGUAGAGUCAGCUUCUUGGGAAGGCAAUGAAGUACUUUUUGAGGC